AUGGAUUCAAACAGCGCUCGGACCAGUAAAGUGAAGCUGAAUGAUGGCAGAUAUAUGCCACUGCUGGGACUGGGAACAUGGGGAGCAGAGAGCUCAUCAGGUUCCUGUAAGCCUGCAGUGGAAGCAGCAAUCGAUGCUGGAUACCGUCACAUUGAUACAGCGUUUGCUUACCGGUGUGAAACUGAAGUAGGAAAAGCCAUUAACGCCAAAAUUCAGCAAGGUGUCAUUCGACGAGAGGAUAUCUUCGUCGUCACCAAGCUGUGGACCACUCACUUUGCCCCUGAAGACAUCCCUAAAUGCUUCAAUAAAUCUCUCAGUGAUCUUCAGUUAGACUACAUUGACCUGUAUCUGAUACACUUCCCUGUGGGUUUUCAGAAAGUGGGAGAUGAUCUUUUCCCAAUGAAAGAUGGAAAGUUACUCACCAAUGAAAUUGAUUACGUGGAUGUGUGGAAGGGGAUGGAGGCUCUGAAGGCCUCAGGGAAAGUGAAGAGUAUCGGUGUGUCCAACUUCUCCAUCCAACAACUGGAGAGACUCCUGUCUGUGGCCAAAGUCCCACCGGCAGUCAACCAGGUGGAACUCCACCCUUACCUGGUCCAGACAGAUCUGAUUGAGUACUGCAAGUCCAAGAACAUUGUGCUCACUGCCUACAGUCCCUUUGGCUCUCCUGGAAGACCCAAAGAAUUUCACCGAGGUGCCACAGACCCUGAGAAACUUCUAGAUGAACCUGUUGUGCUCGAAAUCGCCAAGAAACACGGCCGGACUCCUGUUACAGGUUCUGUUGAGGUAUCAUGUGCAACAGGACAUUGUAGUGAUCCCAAAGAGUGUCACACCCAGCCGUAUCGUGGAGAACUCAAAGAUCUUUGAUUUCUCUCU